UCAAGAACUGUCAGAUUAUCAACAAGAAUAAAGAAAAGAAGCUGCUUGCAAAGGAAAUAAUGAAAUGAAUGAGUUGCUGCAGAAGCAUGGCUGCUCCAACGUCUUCACCGUCCCUGAAGGACUCAAGGAGCUCAUGUCUGAUAUCACACGUGAGGUGCUACGCUGGCAACCAGCCAAAAUGCUGGACUUCAUCGCCAACUACCUAGCAGCGUUGCUGAUCACUCGCGAGCACGGGAUCAUGGCAGUCAAGAUACUAGACGAGCUCUGCGACUGCCACCCUACAGUAUCAGAACAUCUGCUGCAACUUGGUCUGGAGAGAGAAGACGCGAAAGAAUUAGCUACCAUUAUCAAGAACGAAAUUGAGGCAUCCAAGCCUGUUGAAGGAAAAGAAAAGGUGAAGGAGCAAUCUAUUUUGAAGAAAAUUCUAAAUCGUUACCCACUCGAUGAAGAGAUGUCGGCUAAAGUAUGCCAAAUAGCGAGGAAUGCUUACCGAGACUAUUGGUAUAGAAAGACUUUGUUGAAGAAGGGUCUUAAGACGACGCCAGAGGAGGCGUGGGAGAAGGCCGCUGAGCACACGUUGGAAAUUUACAAGAAGACGAAACCGUCUAUCAGCGAACUGCAUCGAGCUACGGCGAAGAUUCAGGCUGCGUACAGAGGGUACCAUGUACGUAGAAAUGUACUGAAGCAUCUGAUGCCUGAAAAGAAGAAAAAGAAGAGAACUCGCAGGGUGGAGAUGCCAGGACCACCGCUAGAUGUCGCUAGCUCCAGGGAAAUAGAUCUGGGACCCGUCGUGGAUAUUAAAAUCAAAGAAGAUGACGUUACUCAAAUGUUUGAAGAUGAGAAAGGUCAGAAGCUUGGUCUGCAAUAUGACCCUAUGAAGACUAUCACUCAUGCUGAGGACGAUGAAUUUCUAAAGGUUAAGAGAGCUAAAUUUAAAGGAUCGUUUUCUGUUUUGGAGAUGGUACUGUCGAAGCCGAGCGUUGCUGCAACUGAUGAUGGUUCAAUACUGUCCGAGAUCGAAAAAACAAAAUCUGCUCCAAUUCCUGUCCCGAGUAGCAACCAAAGGAUUUCAUUUGCAGAGUCGCCUCCGAUGAUUAUUAAGACACCUGAGGAUGAUGAUUUGGAAGUACCUGAGAAUAUUACUGGAUUUAGUUCCCAUACACCUGAGCCACCAGUAUCUUUCGAAAUACCCGAAGAACUGGCAGGAGAAAUAGUGUCAUCAGCUCACACCAUCGACGAUGAAAACAAAUGAUUAUCAUCUUUAUAUUCAGUAGCAUAGUAUAUAAUAUUGUUUACAAAAUUUUGUGUCAAAUAACGGUUUAAACAAAACCUUUGAUUGUUUUAUAAAUGAAUUGAAAUUUCAAGUGCAUGAAACAAUAGAUUUGUUUUUACUUUAGUGUCAUGACUCACUAGAAUUACGUUUAUAUUAUGUUUGACAUUGUCAUUUAUUUCAAUAAAGUUAUUGUAAACACAAGAAUGGAUGAUUUAGUGUUUCCACAAAUUAAGGACAGCUGCAAGAUAGCUCUCCCUAAUGGUUUGAGAGAACUUAUGAGUGAUAUCUCUAGAGAGGUCCUAAGAUAUCAACCGAAGGACCUUUACAAGUUCAUAACCGACUACCUAGCAGCAAUGUUAGUAACGCGAGACAACCUAUCCGUUGCUGGCCAGAUUUGCGAAGACUUAUCAAACUGUAGAUGUGAACUAGAAUUGGAAACUGAACU